CAUCUAAUCCCUCCCGGGCCUACCUUAUAUUAUUAUAUUCGUGCUUCUACGGAGUAGUGAACAGUGAACACUGGACCCUUCAUCCCCUGCCAAACCGGUCACGACUCACUAGUCACCAGGGAAGAACAAUCUCAUCAUGCCCGGCGAGGUUGUCAACUGUCCAAACCCCCCUCCUCUACCAUCUCGCCUCCCAGAUCAUGUCUUGGACCUUGCCGUCAAACCCGAGUUCAAACAACUCAGCAAGGAGGAUGUCAAGGCGCUGGAGGACUUCCAAAACGCCGCAUGCUACAUUGCUGCUGCUAUGAUUUUCCUACAAGACAAUGUUCUUCUCGAAUCAGAACUCCUACUCGACCAUGUCAAGCCACGUCUUCUCGGCCACUGGGGUACCUGUCCCGGGCUCAUCCUGGUAUGGUCACAUCUCAACCUCCUCAUCCGAAAUCACGACCUAGACAUGAUCUACGUCAUUGGCCCAGGUCAUGGUGCCCCUGCUGCGCUUGCUUCUCUCUGGCUAGAGGGGUCUCUUGAGAAGUUUUACCCCAGCCGCUAUGAUGUGAGCAAGGCUGGUCUUGCCAAUCUCAUCUCCGGCUUUUCCCUCCCUGGAGGCUUUCCAAGUCAUAUCAACUCAGAGUGCCCCGGCACUAUCCACGAAGGAGGUGAGCUGGGCUAUGCCCUAUCCGUGGCUUUCGGAGCUGUGAUGGAUAGCCCGGAUCUCAUCGCCACCGCCAUCAUCGGCGAUGGAGAGGCAGAGAGUGGUCCAACAGCAGGUGCCUGGCACUCCAUCAAGUACAUCGACCCGAAAGAAUCCGGUGCUGUCAUUCCCAUCCUGCAUGUGAACGGCUUCAAGAUCAGCGAGCGCACCAUCUACGGCUGCAUGGACGACAAGGAGAUUGUGUCUCUCUUCACCGGCUACGGAUACCAAGUCUGCAUUGUCGAGGACCUACCGAAUAUCAACCACCGUCUUUCCGAUGCCCUGGAGUGGGCUCUGUCCGAAAUCCGGAAGAUCCAGGGAGCCGCACGUUCAGGAAAGCCCAUCGUCAAGCCUCGCUGGCCCAUGAUCGUUCUGCGUACACCCAAGGGCUGGACCGGUCCCAAGGAAGUGGACGGACAAAUUGUAGAGGGCUCUUUCAAAUCUCAUCAGGUGCCCCUGGCCAGAGCCAAAUCGGACCAAGGUCAUCUAGCGGAGCUGAAGGCCUGGCUAUCGCAUUACCAUGUUCGGGACAUUCUCACGGCCGACGGGAGGCCUAAUGAUAGCAUCCUGAGCAUCAUGCCACGAGUCGACUCCAAGAAGCUAGGCCAGCUCAAGGCCACCUAUGACCCCUUCGUGCCCCUGGACCUCCCUGACUGGAAGCGGCACGCCGUCGAGCCUGGGACGCAGGAGAGCGAGAUGAAAGUCACAGGCCAGUUCCUGCGCGAGGUUAUCAAAGCCAAUCCCUCCACCUUCCGCAUCUUCUCGCCCGACGAGCUGGAGAGCAACAAGCUCAGCGCCGUUCUGGAAACCACGGGGCGCAACUUCCAGUGGGAUGACCACUCCCGCGCCAAGGGGGGUCGCAUCAUCGAGAUCCUGUCGGAACACUGCUGCCAGGGCUUCAUGCAGGGAUACACCCUGACGGGCCGCCAUGCCCUCUUCCCCAGCUACGAGUCCUUUCUGGGUAUCGUCCACACCAUGAUGGUCCAGUACGCCAAGUUCAACAAGAUCGCACAGCAUAUCGACUGGCGGGGUGACUUGGCCUCCAUCAACUACAUCGAGACCAGCACGUGGGCUCGCCAAGAGCACAACGGAUUCUCUCACCAGAAUCCGUCCUUUAUCGGCGCCGUGAUGAAUUUGAAAUCCGAUGCCGCAAGGGUCUAUCUCCCUCCCGACGCCAACUGCUUCCUCAGCACCAUCCACCACUGCCUCAAGUCCAAGAACUACGUCAACCUCGUCAUUGGAUCCAAACAACCCACGGCAACCUAUCUAUCCGCAGAACAGGCCGCCAGUCACUGCCGCGUGGGCGCUUCCAUCUGGGAUUUCGCCUCGGUCAGGCUCCCGGACGCAAAGACGCUCCCAGACGUCGUAAUAGUCGGCAUCGGCGCCGAAGUCACGUUUGAAGUAGUCAAAGCCGCCGAACUCCUCCGAUCCGUCGCCCCGGCGCUGCGCGUCCGCGUCGUCAACGUCACAGACUUGAUGGUCCUGGCCACCCAGUCGCGCCACCCGCACGCCCUCACCAGGGAGGACUUCAUCGACAUGUUCACCGCCGACCGGCCUGUGGCCUUCAACUACCACGGCUACGUGUCCGAGCUGCACUCCCUCCUCUUCGGACGGCCUAAGCUGGAGAGGAUGAGCGUCGAGGGGUACAGGGAGGAGGGCAGCACCACGACCCCGUUUGAUAUGAUGCUCCUCAACCAUGUCAGCCGUUUCCAUGUCGCGAAGAGGGCGUUGGAGGGAGGGGCGGAAUUCAACGAUGAAGUGAAGAAGGGCUUGGACGGGACGCUGAAGAAGAUUGACGGCAUGAUGAAGGAGGUGCAGGAUCAUAUUGCCGCCCAUGGUAAAGAUUCCGAUGAUAUCUAUGACCUGAGCCCAGAGCUCAAGGCGACCAAGGACGUGCCUAUCCGACACCCUUGAGGUCGAUGACCACAUCCAUGUUUACUUCAUCUCAGGGGGGCGCAACUUUAGACGCAAUCCUUGGCCUUUGUAUCACUUCUACACCUUUCUUCAGCAUCUCUAGG